CAACGAAUCAAAGUACUCAUCGCUUACUGCCGCUCUGUGCCAUCAGCGUCAUCAAUCAGAUUGUAAAUAAUUCGCGACUCACCUUUGAUGGAAACAUUGGCGGAAAUAAUCCUCGCAUUACUCAAAAAUUGCCUUGACGCGCACAGUUCCACCAUCGCGAUACGAAUUUGUUUGGAGUUGCUCUGGGUACAAGUACUUGACAAUGGGAAUGGAAUCAGCAAAGCGGAUCUACAAAGUAUUGGAAACUGCUGUCUACUGAACAUAGAUUUCGAACAGAACAGGCAAACAAAAACAUUCGCUCGGCUCACGAGCUCUUCGCUGUCGGAUAUUAUCGGCAAGUGCGAAGAGGUGCUUAUCGAAUCUAUUCACGAUGGGGAAUUUCAUUCGAAGCUAUUCAAGCAAGCUUCCGUCACGAGCGAGAGUUCCCAGCUGAACUUCGAAUCGGUCUCACAGUAUUAUCAUGGGCGAAGAUCAAAAGGAACGACGGUGACCUUGAAGAAUGUCUUUUGUGACGAACCAGCGUGGAAACGAAACCAAACAUUGAAGGAGAACUAUCGCAAACUGUUGGUGGAUUUACGAACGCUGGCCUUGGCUCAUUAUGACAGGACAUUCUCGCUGAUUGACCUAACCACAUCGGAGGUGGUCUUCGAAAGCAAGAAGUUGAAUGCUUUGCUGCCAAAAUACUGCGAGCUUUACGAAAUAACUGAAACAGACAUUUGCACUGUCGCAUGUAGCAAGGAUAACAUCUCGGUGGAGUGUUUCUUCAGCCAACGCGAAGUUAGAUCGAACCUGGCACCAAUACAAUUGACUUUCAUCAACGGCAAGCCAAGUAACGAUUUUUUACCCACAACCAACGAUAUACUAACGCAGCAAAAAUUCGAGAUCGAUUUCCUGAUUGUGAUAACUUUCCCCGAAAACGACAUUUUGACCCAGCUGAGCGAACCGAUUGUGAGAAAGUGUUUAGAGCGUUGCCUAAACCAAUACAAGGACAGCUCUAAGCGCGUGAAACAGAAUCUCAUUACCACAGUCACCAGAGACCAUCGGCCAACAUCAGCACACAGUCAUCAAUCACACAGGAUGAAAUCUGUCGAAAUCGCCAAUGACCAGCGAGAUGACGAUGACAUCCUAUAUAGGGUAAGCCAGCAGGGUGAGGACCGUCACACCACCUUCGAAAAGUGUACCAAAUGGUUACAAACAAACGAUUUCAACGAACAGGUGGUAAAGACAAAGCAGUGUAAGUUGGAAAAAUUCGCUCGGCACCAGUUUGACACACGCCAAAAGGUUGACUUUUUCGAUAUUCCCUCGUCAACCCCAAAGAAUUUCCGGAAGGAUACCGAACAAUCGUUAAAAAAGGCGAAAAACAUUCCGCCAGCACAUUUGCCAGUGCCGGAGUUCUUCUCGGCACAAAAAAGGUUCCUCGCAGAUGAAACCCCAAAAAGGACAACCCUUCGAGAAAAUCGAAAUGAAUUUGAAAGGGAAAAUGCAAACCAUUUAGUAGAACAGAACCGGAAAAAAACAACUAAGCCACUGCCGCCCCCUCAAACAUCGUUUCUCCGAAUGGAUGCGAAUAAAGUGGAGGGAAAAACAAGUUUUCCUAAUCUAGAAACUCGUACGACACAAGAUAAACUGUAUCGUUACAGGAGGAAAGUAAAGAAAAAGCUUGCACAGGCCAUCGAACCUCAAAAUUCAACUCGUCCCAAACUUCCUCAAAUAACAGUUGAAGUUUCACCACUUUUCGAAGCUCUGGCAGAAGACGUCGAGCGCCACCCAAACGAUGGCACAUCUUUUUUGAAUAUUUGCGGCGAAAACGACGACGGUUUGAUAACCUUUACGAGGCCCCCUUCAACACAGGAAAACACAACCAUUGUAUCACAGCUGUCUAGCGCUGCCACCACACAGAACAAUCAAAACGCGAGCCUUCCGGCCACGUUUCCAAACGUUUUUGUGGAACCCCUUUUCAUCGAACCGAGAUCGGCGGAUAGCGAUACCGAUUUCAUUAUCGAUUCGCCAAAAGCGCGCUUUCACUUCAAUGACUUGGUGGAAUGCUACGAGGACUUCCAUACCAACUGUCGGGAAACAAUUCAGCGCUACAAAAUAGCCAUCGAACGGGUGGAAUCGGAUUCUUCCUCGUCGGACUGCGAAUGCUGCGGGCCGAAAAUGUUGAAUCAGGAAUUGGAAACGCUCCGACAGCCGUUUCAUAGGGCUAGAAAUAUUUUUUCCAAUAUUGGCGGCAGAAAAUUUUGAUGAACUUUAUAACAUGAGCUUGAAAGUCCAUUCCCUGGUUCUCAGCACUCAGCACGAUAAAUGCUGCGUUAUGAUUAUUCAAAUUAUCUCCUCCAUAUCGGAUCGAAAACUUUCUCUCAGUUCACGUAGCAAAUUUCUCAUAAAGUUCGCAAUCUAUUAGCUAUCACAGCAUCCAACAACCUUCACUUAUGUUAAUAAAUGCAUCGAUAAGGGCCAUUUAGAAAUGUUUGCACUGUUUUUGAACUUGCCCAAACAUUACACUGGAAAACACAGAAUUCUAGAAUGAUACGUUUUCUCAAUAUAAGGCGCGCGCCUGCCUUCGAAGCCAUAAUCGAUUCACUAUUUCUGUGCAUAGCAUCAAAUUUGUAAUGAAGCUUCAGAAUGAUAAAUUUUCCCGGCACAGUUUAAAAUGAGUUGAAUGUAAUCUACGGUACCCAAGUAUGAAACAGUUUCUUCAAUCUGAUUAUGAUAGACAUCAAAUACCGUUGUCGUAAAGCUAAAUACAACUGAUUUCACUGUGUUUGUUAUUAUGAUCCUGUUCAAACAGUUAUAGCGAAAAAAGUAUAUAAUACAAGACUACCAAAAUUA